CAUUUAGUUUUAGUUUGAGUUUAAGCCUUCAAAUGUAUGCAUUGAUGGUGCCUGUGCUUUGGAUAACUGUAACAGGAGGUCUUAAUUAUCCUUUCGAUGACCCCGAGCUUUCCCCGGACUUUUUCCAAGGGGAUAUCAUAAUUCCUCCCCUGAAGCAAAGAAAUGGGAUGAAUACAGCCCUGCAUCUGUGGCCAAAUCGUACGGUUUGGUUUGAGAUCGAACCAAAUAUAUUUGGAGACGACCACAUGGUAUUAAUCCGCAAAGCCAUGAAUACGAUCCAGGAAAACUCAUGUGUAAUCUUUCGAAACGCCACUGAAGCCGAACGGAAUUUUUCGCUUCUUAUAACAUCACAAACCAAAGGUUGCAGCACUCUGAUCUUGGGAUUCAGAAACUCCACGAAUAAAAUGAACCUUCAGCUCUUUGAUCCUGGCAGAGGAUGUUUCCGAAUAGGUUCACUCAUCCACGAGUUUCUGCAUGUUCUUGGUUUUGAACAUCAGCACGUGGCCCACAACCGGGACCAAUUUGUUCGCAUCGAGUGGGAAAACAUUCAACCAGAAUUCAAGAUAAAUUUUAUAAAUAACGACAAGCUAUCAAAUUUUACCAGCUUUGGGGAAAGCUACGACUACGAUAGUGUAAUGCACUAUAUUCCCACAGCCUUUUCCAAAAACGGAAAGCCAACCAUUACACCUUUAAAGAAAGUUGGUCAACGAAUGGGACAGAGAGUUGGCAUGAGUGAAAUUGAUAUUAGAAAGUUGAACAAAAUGUAUAAAUGUCCUGGCUAUGUUUGAAAUAUAUUAAAUUUUUAUUACAGGUCUUAA